AUGCCAUCUGUAUAUGAUCAUGCCAAUCUAUCAUCUAUGCCGAUCGAGGUUAUCAAAAUGAUUCUCUACUGGCUUCAUCGUCUUUCUUUAACUCAGCAAGAUGAUGAAAACGAAGAGUUUGAAAGCCCUUGGGAAGAAAAUCAGUUUCCACGUCUUCGAAAAUUUUUAAAACCAAUCGAAGGCUUUCCCUUGAAGUUGAAUGAUAUGCGAUCACUUGCUUCAGUUGAUCGUUCAUUCUAUCAUAAGUUCUCUGCGCUUGUUUUUGAGUCUUUCGAUAUUGAAAGUUUUCCACCGGAUGAGUCGAAGCUCACGUUGGACGAAAUCAUCAAAAGCCAUUCGGUUCAUAUCAAAGAAAUCCGAGGCAGAGUCUCAUUUCCUGAUCAGCCAUAUGGGGAUCCUCGCUUGCGAUCUGAACUCUUACUUAAAAUCCUGAAAUCUUGUCCUCGUAUUACCGAUAUCGACAUUGAUCUUGAUCCAAAACCUUUGAUAUCUACUGCAAAUCCAGAAACCUUGGAUUCAACAAAUAAUCAAUUUCCAGACCUAUUUAUUAAGCCCAUUUCUCAACUUACUUCGCUUACUCACCUUUCACUAUCAACUCCUCAUUUUCGACAAACACCUUACACGGAAACCUUCUUAGUCGAGCUUCUCUCCAACAUUUCUGGACUGCAAGGGUUUUCCUGUUCAAGGAUUGAGGCAGUUCAUCCGAUGCCUUCGACUGACCGACAAGCUUGUCAAUCUCAACUUGGAAUUCAUCUUGCUUCACUUACUCACCUUGUUGAAUUAGAGUUGGAGAAAGCCGAAUGUUUGGAUGUCAGUUGGAAUCAACUCAAGUGGAAAAGUUCAUUGAAGGCCUUAUCAUUGACGAAUUGUGGAAGAGUCUCAGUAAAGGUCUUGGGUGGUUUUGCAGAACUUUUCAAGUCGACCUUAACAACACUUACAUUUGCUAGGACUGGUUUAUAUGAACCUGACAAUUUGACUUCAGAUCCACUUCCAACCAAGAAAUUUCGAUUUAAAUUACCUGAACUGAUCAAUUUAGAAAUCAUAAGUAGUGCGAGUGUUCGAUUCGCAAAAGGUUUUGAACAUUCAAAAAAGCUUUCAUGGCUCUCAUUGGGUAACUAUCCGCUUCACCGACAUCAAAAUUUAGAAGAUUUAAUCAAUGAACAACUUUGGCCUGAUCUGAAAAAGUUGGAGCUCACAAGUUCUAAGACUUACAGUAUCAGAGCCAUUGAGGGAUUGGAAGACUCAUGUGAGAGAGAUGGGAUUCGGUUGAUUCUCAAUGUGGAUUUGGUUGAUGACGAUAGUUUUGAGGAGGAUGACAUGUAUUAA